GAUAGCUAGCGUGUCCUUUAGUCAAUUCCAAUUACCUUAUUUAUACGGUAUUAUAUUAAAUUUUAUUUAUUUUUAAAUUAUGAAAAUCGUUAGAGAAAUAUUAGAAAAAAAUGUUUAAGAUUUUAGAAAUUUGUGUUUUAAUUCUGUAUUGUUUUAAAAUGUGUCAAUGUGAAGAUGAAGCUUGGGAUUCAUUUCAAAAUUCGGUCAUGGAAAAAAAUCGUGAAGAAUUAGUUAUUAGUAAAAUAACUAGUGAAAAAAUAGUUUCUCUGGAAUCUAACGUCACUAAAUGGAGGAGUCUUUCGAUUGGUCCAACUUCUUACUCUAUUGGAUUAUCAGAAAAGGGAUUGGAGAUUAUAGUGGCUGUUUUAAAUCAAAAUAAAACAGACUUUGAAAUAAAAAAUAGCUUAUACAAUAUAGGCCAGAAACCAUCAGAUGUAGUUAUUUUUCAUAAUCGUAACCAAGGAAAUUCAGAAUUGAUAGUUGUGGUUUCAUUUUUUAACCAAAGUAAAAUUAGUUGGCUUAAAAUUUCUAAUAAUAAUUCUAUAAUAGCUCAAGAAUUUUGGACUUGGCAAGUAGAACUCCCAGUUGUACAUGUGAAUUUAUUAAAAAUUGGAACACGUCAUAUUCUGUUUUAUGUUACAGAAAAUAAUGUUGCGAAUUUAUAUGAAUUCGAUAUUAAAAGUAAACCCUUAAGUAAAUGGUUUUUUCAAAAACUAUCUUUGGAAUCUACACCAACUUCGACUGCAUUCAACAAUUUUAAAAACCAAUACUUUUUAUCAAUACCCCAAAGGAACUCGGUUACGGUCUACAAAUAUUCGAAAACAAAAUUUGAGUUUUUCACAAAAGUCAGAACACCUCAAAUAUCAUUUAUUACAAAUUUCAAUAUUGGAUUCAAAACUUUUUUCGCUGUAGACGGUCUAAAUACAGGCAUCUAUCAAUUUUUGGAAAACGGUUUGACUAAACAAAAAAUUUUUAACAGCAAUCUUGAAGGAGUAAACUUUUGGUUGCCUGUACCAUUGGAAACUAUUAGGGAUGAAGUUUUUAUACUGGCACAGCGAGUUCUAGAUCAUAGCACACAUAAAACUUUUGAAGUUAAUGUCAUAACUUACAGCAAUGGUAAAUUUGAAGAACAUGAAGACAUACCUUGUUCAUUUUUUGAAGAAACCACGGAUACUAUGGCUUGUCUAACCGAAACUGGAAUUUUAGGCUCUACUUAUUUAGUUAUAGAAGAUAAAAUAGGCUUGGUUGUACCGAAAUCUAAAAACACUUUUAUAUUGUUUAUGAUUGAUACAAAAAUUAAACAAAAUCCUCAUCCCAGAGAACAGGAAGUUGCGAAUUUAAUAGAAACUAGGAAAAAGUUAGAGAUUUUAUUAGAAGAAGCAAAUAAUACUUUUGAAGAAAUCACCAACUUACUAAGUUCUGCUCAGGAAAAACCGGAAAAAAAUAUUGAUCAAAAAGAUAUUGUGGGUGAACAUCAAAAUUUGACUCCUUAUUUGCAGGAAGUUGAAAAAAUAGGCCUUGAAGUCGAUAAGCUCUUUAAUAAAGUAGAAUAUUUAGCUAUACAUGAAGAAAAAUCUGAAUUCGAAACGAUAUUUAUAAAUGGUGAAGCUAUAUUUGAAGAUAUUGUUGAAAUAAAAGAAAUAAAUGUUGAAAAUAUUAACGAAGACCCUGCUACACAGUUGCUAAAUGAUAUUAUAAACAAAGAAGCUAUCAAUAAACAACUGAAGAACAAAACAUUUAUUGAUUUAGAAAUUGAAAAUCUUAAUACUAAAAUUGCAAAUGGUAUUCACACCGAUAACAUGGCUUUUAAAGAUGAACCUAAGAUUAUCUUAAAUGGGACCGUCAUUUUUAACCAAUUUGCAAUGUUAGAACACGUUCAUAUUACCACGAAACAAAUCAAUGAUAUUUAUUUUGAGAACGAAGCUGUAAUAUUAGGACAAAAACUAGAAGAAACUUUAGAAUUUGAGCAAAUCAAGAUAAAAGAAAAUCUACAGGCAUCUAGAAUGAACAAUAUAAAUCUAGUACCAGUAUCCAGUGCCAAAAACACAAAAAGUAAACGAAAUUUGAGCGAUGAUUUGGAAGAUUCUCUUUUAAUCCCUCAUAAUUUAUCAGUAACUUUCAUAAAUGGAGAAAAUUUAACAGCAUUCUUACAUAGUUUGUGUAUGAUAAAUAAAGUUUGCUAUAUACCUGGGACAGUUAAGAUACGAGAGAAAAUACAUGCUGAAGUUGUGAACACUGACACUUUGAAUGGUCUGAAGUAUCCUGAAGAAUAUAUUUUUUUGAAUUCAGAAUCAAAUGGAAAUAUUAUUGGUAAAAAAAUAUUCAAAAGUUUGAUAGCAGAAGAUGUAAGAUCUGGAGGUAACAUUAAUGGAAUAAAUACCGAAGAUCUAGUGACAUUAUCUACAGAUCAAGUCAUAGAAAAUUUUACUUUAAAUCAUUUGGAACUCACCGAAAAAUUAGAUGUUGAAGGAAAAAUUUCAGGAGAAAAUGUCGACAAAUUUCUUUCCAAUCCAACUUUACAAGAAGUGAACCGAAUUAUGUCAAAUGUUAAUUUUAAAAAUUUAGAAAUCAAGGGAAAUAUCAUUAUACAAAAUAAUUUUGAGGAUAAAAAUUUCAAGACUUUACUGCAAAAUCUUCUUUAUGAUGAUGAAGACGAAGUUACUAUUACUACCACGAAAGAAUUUUCAAAAGGCGUGACAGUAGAAAAAGAACUACAAAUAAAAUCGAACUCUAUAAACACUGUGGACCUCAAAAAUUUUAUAACUAAAGAUACCGAUCAAAAACUUGAUAUAAAUUUAUUAAACGGUAACACUAUUAUUAAAAAUCUAUUUGUAAAUGGUUCUUACGAUGGUAAAGAUAUAAAAACGUUGGACGAUAGUUUAGUAAAAUUGUCGGGAAACCAAUUUGUAUUUUCUGUACUUAGUUUUAACGAUUUGGAAGCGAAUAAUUUGGAAAUUGAUAGAAAACUGAAUGAUGUCAAAGCUGAAGAAUAUUUGUAUAUAACGGAACCAGUGGAAUUCGAUAAAAAAAUCGAGUUUGAUCAUUUAAUUGUUGAAAAUUUGACAAUACAUGGUGAUUUAAAUGGAAAAAUAACUGGAUUUGAUAUAAAAAAUAUUUAUAAAAGAUACCUCAGUAAAACCAAAAAUCAAACGAUUAUGUCUACUUUUAAUGUAACUAGUUCAAGAGUUGAUAAUUUAAUAUUAACAAAAGACAAUGAUGAAAAUAUCUUCCAAGAAUCAGCAUUCCUUAAAUAUGUGAAAGAUUUAUUGAAUAAGGGAGAGUUAACAGUAGAAAAUUUGCAUGUAGAAGAUUCAAUAAAUGUAAACAAUAUCAACGACAAACCUACUAAAGUUAUUUAUCCUGUAAAUGUACUCGAAAUGGCUAAAGAAAACGGCAAUAAACUAAUAUUUGAAAAUGACAUUUAUUUGAAACAACUUGAACUAACAAACUUUAGUUCUGUAAACUGGAACGACUAUAUCAAGCAGAUUGUCUAUAAAAACCAAACAGACUCUAAUUUAAUAUUCAACGCUCCAAAAAAAUUUUUAACUGGCAUUAAUGUCGAAAAUCUUAUCGAAACGAAAAAAAUUAACAACAUUUCUCUACAACAUAUAUUGACUAAAGAAGGUGAUAAAAUUAUACGAGGACCUGUGCAAAUAGAAGGUGAUCUGUCAGUAGAAGAUAUAGAAGUUAAAGAAGAAAUUAACGAUAUACCUGCUAAGGAAUUUCUAAAGAUGUUUAUGGUUUCUAAAGAUGGAGAGUAUUUUAUUAAAAGAGAUAUGGUUUUUAAGAGACUUUCCUAUAUUCAAUCACUUAACAUCGAAGGAAAAGUAAACAACAAAAAUAUUGAAGAUUUAUUAAAAGAAUUGGUAUACCAGAACAAAAGUAUUACAUUAAAAAAUGAUAUCAUUUUUUCAAAACCCGUAACCGUAUCUGAUAACUUGGCAAUUAGUGAUCAUUUUAACAAUCUAAAUAUCUCCGAUAUAAUUUCCAAAAUCGUUCUUACCACCCAAGAUGCUGCUAUAGAAGGAUUGGUUUCUUUCUCAAAAAAGUGUCGAGGUUGAGGAGAAAAUGAUAGUUGAGGAAAACUUGUCUGCUAAAUUUUUUACAGGAUUUGAUAUACAAGAUUGGUAUAAAAAAGCUAUUUUUGUAGAUAAAGGCCUACUUAAAGGGCACUAUAAGAUGGACUCAGUAGAGAUUAACUCAAAAUUAACAACAGAUUUUAUUAACAGUUUAAACAUGUCAAGAAUUAUACCUUUAAGAUCAAAUCAAAGUAUAGACCAUCUCCAAUUUGGACUUUUAAAAUUUGUAAAAAACAUCCCAGUUGGCAAUAAAGUAAACGAACUAUUUUUACCUGAUGAAUUUCAAAGAACUCUUAUGAAAGACACCGAUCAAGACAUUUUACCUACUACAACUUUCAAAAACAUUUUAGUCCGUCAAAAUUUAAAAUCUAAUAUUCUUAACAAUAAAGCAUCAUCCAAAAUCGUUACAACAAAGACGCAUCAAAAUUUAACAGCUAAAUAUAAUUUUAACUCAAAAAUGAUCUUAGAUUCUCAUUUAAAUGUACAUGGUUUAAUAAACAAAAAGCAUUAUGAAAAAUGGAAAGCGAAUACGGCUUAAACUGAAUUCAAGUAAAACUUCUAUUAUCACCAAUGAGUGGAACGUGCUCAAAAAUUUGACAUUUGAAGAAGACGUGUAUGGAUAUAAAAAUAUAAGUGAUUUAGAUUUUCCAACAAUAGCGAAAGAAAUACGGGAUAGAAAGAUUUGAAAUAUCAGUUGGAGCAUGGAAUUAUUAAAGACCACAUUGGACUUUGCAGUAGCAUAACUCACUUAUAUGAAGAAGCAAAAUCGCAAAUAUACAAAUUUAAGUUUUUCGAUGACUUCCAAACGCUUUCAUUCAACAACACAAUUAAACAUGUAUUUAAAUUCGAUUACAAGAAACGGCAAUAUCUUCUCAUUAACCAGGAUACCUGUUUAUCAGACUUGAUGGUUUAUAAUAAUGCUAAAUUUGUACCGUUGAUUUUAAGUGUUUCUACAGGACUUGUUGAGCAAAUGGUACCGGUCAUUGACAAUGAGAAGUUAUUUUUGGUGAUGAAAGGGGAUAGAUCAAGUAAUUGUAACAAUAUUAGAGGUACCAACAUUUGGGAGUUUAAUGGAAAAUUGUUAGAAUUAAAAUUCAAUAUGGACAACCAAGACAUCUUGCAUGAUUCACGAGUUCCAUCUACUUUUUACACAUAUAGUAAAGACGGCGUUAUUGAGUACAAAAUGGAAAACUCGGAAGGGCCAGUAAAGUACAGAAGAUGGACCGUUUCUUUUGAAGAUUAUGUCGAUUUUGUACCAAGAGGUCUUAAAACAGGUUUAGCUAUGAGAACUGGAGACAGCAUAAUUUAUUUAGACCGUAUUGAUCCAGUAGUAGAAUUUGACUUAGAUCCAAAUACCGAGACCACUAUAACAGGUUCUGUCAGAGAAGUUUUUAAUGAAUAUAUUCCUGGAAAAGAUGAAGGAGAGUUGGUAGUUUUAAAUGUCGGUACUAAAAGUGCACAUAAAAAUCUUUUAGCAGUUGCUCAUCAUGAAGAAACAGUCGUCAAAGGGUCUUUAGAUUUUAUAAAGAUCUACGAAAAUCCAUUUACAGGAAAAUUAUUUCAUAAAGUGCCUGCAUAUAAACCGUCUUCUUUGCUUUCCGUCGAAUUUGGCCAAGGAGAGACAAUUUUAGCAUUUUUGGAGGACAGAAGAUUACUCCAAUUUUAUGAAUACAAAGGAAUUGAAGGUUUCCAACCUAGAAACUCAAUAAAGGUAGAUGGAGCGUCGCUGUUGUUUCAGAUUGAUUUAGCCCAAAAUGAAAAACAAAAGACAAUAAAAAAUAUUGGAAUUGUAUACAAUGAUAAAAUAAGAUUGAUCCAAGCUGUGAUGGAGGGAACAAAAAUUCGUGAUGAUUGGAACUGUAAUUUGUGAUACCUAAUGUUGUUGUUUGUAUUAUUUAUUGUUAUUUUUUUUUAAGAUAAUAUAGAAUAUUUAUAUAUU